AUGAAGAAAGGGGUGCCUAAGAAGUACAGCAACCUGCCCAUACCUGAGACUUUGGAAACCGCCAAGCAAAGACUCACAGCCUUGACCAGCUGCUUAAACAGGCACAAUCCAGACACAGACAGCUGGAGUACAGAUGUAGCACCCUUGAACAACCCCCAGAGUGCAGUGUGUCUGGUGGCAAUGGACAGAUAUCUGUAUGCCAUUGGAGGACAUGAUGGCAUUACUUUCAUAAGUACUGUAGAGAGAUAUGAACCAAAAAUGAACAAAUGGACCAAGCAGGUACCGGUGCUGACAAGAAGAACCAGAGCUGUGGCUGCUGUGCUGGAAGGUAACCUGUAUGUAAUGGGAGGGAGUGAUGGUGAAAGGACUCAGAUAAACACGGUGUAGCGGUACAACCCUGCAGAUGGUACCUGGUCGAUAUGCGCGCACAUGCUGAGUCACAGAGAGAGCGCUGGUUGUGCUGUGUACCUGAGACACCUCUACAUGGCCGGGGGCAAAGAUGAGCUCAAGCUGGAGCUCCAUGCACUGCAAAGGUUCAAUCAUGACACCAUGAGGUUGAUGCCUGUGAAACACAUGAGGAGGGAGAGGAUAUCUCUUGUAGUCUUCAAUGGUGCACUGCUGGCUGUAGGAGGAUCUGAUGGUUUCACCCAUCUGAAAACAACAGAAGUUUACACAAACAACACAUGGAGACACUUUGGAAGCAUGAAGAGUGAGCAUCCAGGUGGGAGAGUGGCUGCGCUGUGCUGA